AUGGAUAUCAAAGCGUUACACUUUGGAUAUCUGAUUUCAAAAGAAACAUUUUCUGUGCUCUGGAAACAGGAAGAUGUUUCAGUCAGAUUUGAUUUGAGAAAGAGAAAGUGGUUCUUCUUUCUUUCUCAUCUCUCUGAAGCAUACAAGCUUGAAAUGUCCUACGACAGCAUUUGGCAGAUUAAGCUCCAUCGACCACGUGGCCAAACUUCAAAGUUUCUUCUCAUUCAGUUACAUGGUGCUCCUAAGAUUCAUAAGAAAGAUGUCUCUUGUGCUCAUGGACGUUAUCGGUGGCUCCGAGUAGUUGAUUUCACUCCUUCACGUAGCAUUGGCCAAUCUUCUGCUCUAUGUUUGGAGCUUCCACAUGACGGUCGGAUUCCAAAAUUUAUGCUCUAUGAAGAAAAUGAAGGCCAAUUUGUUCUGCAUGAAGGGUCUAAUUUCUCCUGCAAUUCAGGUCUUGUCCCCAUUGUGAUUCCACCUCCAGGCUUCGACUUGCCAUAUAAAAUCUUGUUCAAGAUCAACUCCUUAGUUCAGCAUGGGUGUCUUCCUGGGCCAGCAAUAGAUAACAAUUUUUGUCGGUUGGUCGAUCCUAAGAGAGUAAAACUUGAGUAUAUAGAACGUGCCUUGGAAAAACUAUUUCAUUUAAAAGACUGCUGCUAUGAGCCUGUAAGGUGGCUUAGUGAGCAGUAUAAAAGAUACGCCACGGAUAGGCGACUUCCAACACAUCCUACUAUAUCUUUAGAUGACGGGAUGGUAUAUGUACACAGGGUUCAAAUAACUCCAUCUAAAGUAUAUUUCUGUGAUCCAGAGGUGAGUCUCUCCAAUCGCAUCUUGCGCAAUUAUCCUGAAGAUAUUGAUAAUUUUCUUCGCAUUUCUUUUGUUGAUGAGGACUUGGAUGAACUGCACUCGACAGUUUUAUCUCCUCCACCAUCUUCUGCGAAUGAGGAGGACAAGCGAACUAGCAUUUAUGAGAGGAUGUUGUCCACUCUAAGAAACGGAAUAGUUAUUGGUGAUAAGAAGUUUGAGUUUCUUGCCUAUUCAAACAGUCAAUUACACGAAAAUUCUCUUUGGAUGGCUGUAAUCUCCUCUAAUUGUUGGCAAUCCUACCUGGAGAAGGACUAA